CCCAUCACCUGUUCCCUUGUUCCUGCAGGUGAUCUCUGACUUCUGAUCAUGACUCAUCAUUUCUCUGAGGAUCCUGCUGCCAUCAGUCAUUCUGCAGCUCCUCGGCGCCUCAGUGAGGAUGAAGAGGAGGAUGAAGACCUGAACAGGGUGUUGGGAGUUCGUGUUUUCCAGCAGAUCCUGAACCCAGCAGCGCUCAGAGCUCCAGAGAAACACCGAGUGAUCGACGAGCAGGAAGUGGAGGAUCAUCGUCUCUUCUCUCCUCACGUCCUCCAGCCGUUGGCCAGGAGGAGGACCAAUGAGGGCCGGCGAGGCUCCGUCCCCACAGCAACCAUCGAAGAGGACGGGGAGGAAGAGGAGGGUGAGGAAGAUGGAGAGGAGCCCUGCAGUGACCUACCCACCGGCUCAUCCAAUCACAACGGCCGCAUAAUGGCGAGCGCUGACGACGAAGAGGAGGCUGAGACGCUAAUGUCGGUCGACCUGGACGACAUGAAGAGUCACCGAUUGGACGACGUCCAGGCUGUGCGGCGUCACCUGAUGAGGCGGAGCUCCAGAGGGCCAAUCAGAGAUCAGACGGGGGUCCGGACACCGGCUCACCUGCAGCCGGACAGAACCCCCCACGAGGUGUUCGUGGAGCUGAAUGAGCUGGUGAUCGACAGGAACCAGGAGCUACAGUGGAGGGAGACGGCUCGAUGGAUAAAGUUUGAGGAAGAGGUGGAGGAGGAGACGGAGCGAUGGGGGAGACCUCACAUCGCCUCGCUCUCCUUCAGAUCCCUGCUGGAGCUCCGGAAGACCAUCUCCCACGGCGCCGUGCUGCUGGACCUGAAGCAGAAGACGCUGCCAGGCAUCGCUCAGCAGGUGGUCGAGCAGAUGGUGAUCUCAGAUCUGAUCAAA